GUAAAGAGUGUGCUGCGGUUUCCUGUCUAGUCAACAUUUUCCUUGUUUGUGUUUUGUAGAUUGGUGAGUAGCGGGUUUGUUUUGAGUUCUCGCGUGGAAAUUUUCUUUACGUGAAAGAACCCGCCCAUUUAAUUUUAGAUCAAAAUACUACAACUUACUACAAAAGAUGAAGAGCUGUGCACAAUAAUUGGGAAAAACUAUAUUUCAUAUAUACAAGAUUUAUUUUAGACGUCUUUGAGAUGGCUACUACGCAGGUCACUAUAACUGCAAAUUCCAAUCGGACGCCCUCGAAGAUAUACUUAGAUUCUUCUUACCUUAAAUCAGUUCCUGGUAUUUUGAAAAUAGUAGAAUGUGUUGUUGACUUAUGCGGUUUUAUCAGCAUGAUCGUCGUCACAUCAAAAUACUAUUACCCAUCUGGUACAUUUUAUGAAUUUGUGUCGAUGUCGGCAUUUAUCAUUUCCCUUUUUUUACUCAUCUUCCAUUUGUUUCACUUCACUGACGCGAUGCAGUUUAUUCCAUGGUUGUUGCUGGAAGUAAUCUUUUCUAUUAUAUGGGCCAUACUGUAUCUCAUUGCUGGUGGUAUAUCUGCCUCAUGGGCAGAUGCUCACUCUGCGUUAGCUUCAGCUGCGUUUUUUGCUUUUGUGGCAGUGGUGCUUUACCUGUAUGAAGGUUUUAGUAAAUUCAGAAUUAGAAGCAGCCAAGGUGAAAACCGGCCCACUUCUGGUUAAGAAAUGCUACCUCAAGCUCUGCCUCCGAGAAAAAGUAAGUUUACAAGAUUUUUUUUUUUCCACUAAGAAGAAGUGCCACUAGUCAUGCUGAAGCUCUCUUUGAAGUAUUGAUGGAAAAUUUGCAUAAUGAACGUUAAUUUAUUAUUUCAUUUGGCUUAAUAUG